AAUCUACCUGUGUGUUUAAUGUAUAAUAGCAGCAGCAUUGAUUCUGUUUGCCAUGUUCACUUCAACGCACAAUGAAAUUGUAAUAAAAAAACUUCAACGUGAAAAUAUAAUUUAUCACUAAAAACUGGUUUUUUCUUUGCAAAGCACAAUUUGAUCAAAUUAUGCCAGAUAAUUCUCUGCCAGCCUUGGAGAGGACUCCCCAGUCUCCCAAGUCUGGAUCGGCACUGGCUGGUUUCGGAGGGACUGCUGGGACCACCUCGGAGCACCAGCUGUCCGAAGUAGCCGGAGUGAACAAUCUGGAUAAAAACAACACUGUGGCGGUUUACAAACAACGAGACAUUGGUAAAAAAUCGAUGGAGUAUAUUCCGGAGGAUCUUCUGUCAGUGCUGAGGAAACCAGAGCCACUUUCCAAGGAGGCCAUCAAAAAUAAAAUAAUGGGAGGACGAGCCGAUAAUGCGUGGUAUCAUGAUGACGUGGCCAAGAAGUAUGAACACCUGCUGAAACAUCCGCCCUGCACCUGUGGAAUAGGACCACGAGACAUCUCGUUUCUCUACGACACAGCUAAAGUGGAAGACAAACCCAUGCCCAUUCCCCCCGUGGGAGACAAGAGUGCCCCCCGGAAAGAUGCAAUGGACAGACAGACUUCGAGGGGGAGGAGGGGGAGGGAGCAGAUGGAGCUACCUGACAGCAUAAUCCCUAAGGAGUUCCACCUGGUACAAUCUAAAGCGGCAUUGGGUCUGGAGUACAAUAAAGAGAUGUUUUCAGUGAAAACGAAAGAUCACGAGGAGCACUUGACUAAGUUUCCUUCGCUAAAACCAGUGAGCCGCAAGGAAAUCAUCGAGCUGAAAAACGUGAUGGACAAAAUGAUAGACGCAGUCGGCGCCACGGAGAGUAGCAUCAGUCGUUCAAGCAGCCACAUGACAUCCAAGCCGACAACUGCUUCAGACGACAAGUCGCCCACGCAGAUGCACAGUCUGUUAACAUUAGUUAAACAGGAGCAGGAUAUUUAUAAUAUUAUCUUCCAUGAGAUCAUAAGACAGACUACUGUUGAGUGUAAAGAGAGGGGAGAAAUUCUGUCGGCUUUGAGGCAGAGGUAUGCGGGGUUACUGGAGAAGGUGCCUAGACAUGUGAGAUCCAUGCAUGCGGAGGUCAUGGCCCAGAGGGCCCUAGAUCGAAGACUAACGGAGGAGCUGCUUAAGUUCAAGGGCGCCAUAAACUCACUGACCAAUGAGCUGACAGAUGUGCGUGAGCGUGAGCAGGCCAUCUCGGAACAGUCUCGCAAGGCCAAAGAGGAGCUGAAGAACUCACUCAUAGACUCAGAGAAAAAUGCCAGUUUGUUGACGGAGUACCAUGACCUAUAUGAGCUGCAAAGACAGAGACUGGAGCACCAGAUCAGUGUGUUGAGCGAGGAGAAGGAGAUAUGGAGCACUGCAUGCUACACCAUGGCUGUCAAGAUAACUGAGAACAACCGUCUGAACACUUCUAAACGACUGCACAUGGCGGAGAAGACGUGGGCUAAGCUGGCAUCCCAUUACGCUCUAUUUCUGGCAGACAGAGACUGCGAACUGAUGGCCAAACUACAGACACACGUGGACAAGUGGCGUGAAAUCAUUUCGGAGAUGAAUUACAACAUAGCAACUGGUGAUAAGUCUUCCAAGGUCAAGCUGAUGACAUUGAAAGAAGAAAUGACAGAACGAGCGGCCACAUACUCCAAAACCAUGCUAACUGCUGAGAGCCGAAUAGUACAGCCAUCUCCAGAAGCCAUCUUGAGAUUCCAUAAAGAUCUGAAGAGCUGGCAAGAGGCGAUCUUGGCGGAGGUUGAGAAGUACAGUGGGGAUACUCUGCUGCAGUACCAGGAGCAGUUCCAGCAGUGCAAACACGAGAUAGCCCAGUGGAACGAAGUGGCCCACAGAGUGUUUACGCGACACCAGCAGGAGGACGGCUCCAAGUUCCCAGAACACGACAAGAUGCACCAUGUCAACGAGGCUGUGGAGAAAUUGAUGUCACAAUUCAACACGCUCAUUUUGGGAGAAAAUGGCACUGCCAAGUUCCUGAUCCAAGUUGGCAACGAAGUGGACCAAUGGGAGACUAAGAUGCACUCGCUGGUGAAUGGGGCCCAGACUCUCUCGGAGGGCGAGUGGGUCAAGUUCCUCAACUACGUCAAUUCAUGGCCCUCUACUGUGGAAAAUAUCAUUUCUUUUGUGGGGAAGACGAGGAGCUAUGACCAGAUUGGAAAAGAGUACAAGGAGUUGAGUCUUGAGGAGGUGCUGAAGACAGUGCAGGUGUGGAUGUCCUCCGCCUCAAACGGGGAUAGACAACGAGACUCAAAAGAUCAUCGACAAGGUGGGCAGUGUGCACAAGUCCUUGAUCCAUUGGAUGGUGCAAGUGCUGCUCAAAUGGCCCCGGACAGGCCUGACAAUGUGGGGGACUCCUACAAUGCACACUUUGCCACAGUGGAGCAGAUCGAGGAACAGGGGCAGAAACUGGAGAGGACUCUCGUCAAGUUCAGCGAGUACCUCAUCAGCUGCUGUGGUAGUGCUGUAAUGGACGUAGAGAGGGGAAAUACUGUGGACACUGACGCAGAGUACAGAGAUUUGAAGAAGAUUGCGAAGGAGAGCACAGAGUGGGUGAAUACUGGAAGAAUUCUGGUGCAGGAGUUGAAGGGUGACGUCAUAGUAUCAAUUGGGGACACCCACCCCACAGACAGACAGGACACGACCAUGUCCACACUUUCCAACUCAGACAGUGCUGGGCAGGGAGGAACGACCACGGCGGAUCAGGGAAAACUUGCUCGCAAGAAACACAUGCGGUCAAGUCGUGAUCCAACUUCAUUGAGUUUGGGUGGGGAAUUGAUGACUGAAAAAUCAGAUUUGAGUGGUCAGACAGCCGAUCAGCUGCAACAAGGUAUGAACAAAACGAUCCCACGCGGCCCAGGCGAGACUUCCAAAAAUGACACCAGUACUGUCCAAGCUAUUUGCACAGACCAGAACGUGCGACCUUUUGACCUCGAGGAGCAGCGUAAGCAGAAUGUGGAAGUUUCGACGGCAAUUUUGAAAGAAAAGGCGGAAAUUGGUUCGGAAGAGGAUCCGAAACAAGCGUACGAAUCCAUAGCAUUUGUGGAACAGCUGCAAGGACAAAUAAUUGAUACUGAAAAACGAGCCCAAUCCAUGGAGCAGAGGGCCCUGGAGGCCGAACAAAAACUGGCCGAAGUGAUGGAGCAACUACGGGAAUCGAACAUCAAUCUGGAAAAUGUAAAGCGCGAGGUGGAAAGAGAGAAAAAGAAGGCUGAAGAUGAUAAGGAAGCUGAACUAGCCAAGAAGGAAGAUGCGGAGAUUGCGGCUGCAAGAGCGAAAAGUGCGGCUGCAAAUAAGAGAGUCAAUCAGCCCGUGGCUCCCAGCAACGUCUCAACCACAUCAGCUGCAUCAACUAAAGGAGCAGCGGGACGCAAAGCCUCAACCGGAUCGAACCGCAACACUGGAGGAACCACAAAUCGGUCAAAUACAUCAUCACGAUCAAGUUCAUCCAAAAAGAAAUAGAAACUGCAAUUCUCAGAUUAUAACAGAUCAAAAUUCUCUGUCUAUAAUGAUAUGCAAAAAUAAUAUUUGAAUAAAAUAGCGUUGAAUCCAAAAUAUAUGAGAAUAAACUGAA